AUGUAUCUCACGGCACGCAAAGAUGUUGAAGAGGUUCAUUCCUUCGUCAACCCAUGGACUGAACUGAACGCUGGCCUCUGGUCGCUCUUCGCUGGUGCGACUAUCUUUUUGGCCCUCCGACUCUGGGUCAAGGUGACCCGUCGUCACGGCCUCUGGUACGAUGAUUACAUCUUGCUCGUUUCGUGGUGUAUCUUGCUCGCCAACAAUGCUUUGAUCGUUCAUCAGUUCGCCACGGGCUACGUGCUCGAGAACUCGGCCAUGGAGUGGGACGACCGCAUGCACAUUCUCAUCAACAUUUCAUCAUGCGGUACCCUCAUCGGCCAGGCCCUGACCAAGACGGCCUUUGCCGUGACGCUCCUUCGCAUGAGCAAUCAGUGGCAGAAAUGGGUGCUGUGGUUCUGUAUCGUCACCAUGAACCUGUACAUGGUCCUCAAGGUCUUGUUCCAGUGGGCCAAGGUGUGCGACAAGAACGGCUACGACAACUGGUACCGCCUUGAUUUCUGCAUCUACUGGAGCUUCCGGGACAAGUUCAAGGAGGGUGGUAACGUGUACAACAUUAUCAUGGAUUUCGUCUUUGCCUGCUUCCCCUGGUUGAUCACGCGAUCGCUCGAGAUGCGAAGGGUUGAGAAGGUCGGCCUCAGUCUGACGAUGAGCUUGGGCAUGAUUGUUGCCAUCGUGUCAGCCAUCCGCGUAUCCUGGAAGGACAAGGGCAACGACCGCGACGCGUACUACAUCUAUCGCAACGGCCUGUCUCAAGUCUGGUACUCAUCUGAAAUCACGGGCACCAUCAUCGUGCAGUGCAUACCGAUCCUCCGACCCAUCUUGCGCGACAUCCACGCGACACUGACCUCGAAGCGGCUCAACUCAUCGGCCGACGCGCGCAGCACUGGCGUCUGGGGCAGCAAGCUCGAGACCAAGAGGGCAUCGACGGUGAUCAUGGACGCCGACCGCAAGGACAGCGAACGCAUGGAGCUGCGCGAGAUCCCCGAGGAGGAGUCGGCCGAGGAGGACUGGAAGGAGAGGCACACGUCGUCGUCACCAUCAGAAGCGACAUCAGCAACACUAGUAUCGCCGCGGACUGACGCCUGGCCGUUGGGCAAGACGUCAGAAUCCGGGCCAGCUGGGACGCCCGGAUCGAGGAGUCUGGAGGCUGAGCCGGACGGUGCGUCGAACUACUCGAGUGUGGGAUAUGAUGUUGAACAGAACGGACUGUCAGCGCCGCCACGAAGGAUGUACCUGUAG